AUGGAUAUUGUUUUGCUAGACAAACUCGACAGUUCAUCAGAGGAAGAUUAUGCAGAAUUCGAUUUACAUGUGUUAUACUGGAUAUCAAAUCAUAUGAAGUUUACAGAGGAAUAUGCUGAAUAUAGACUUUUAAUAACUUGGAUGAAGAAAACAAAUGAGUAUUCUACGCAAUACGCACAAGUUCACUCUAAUAAUGACAGACAGAGACAGCAGACACGAUACAUCGAACGAGCGAUAUGA